UUCUUCUGUUUCAACCUUUUGCUUUGGUUAUUUAUUUAUUUUAGGUGAAUUUUAAUUAACUUUACUUUGGGGGGGAAAAUGGCAAAAUCCUAUGAAAUUGAGCACCCAAUUAAGGCAUUUGGAUGGGCAGCUAGAGACACUUCUGGUGUUCUUUCUCCUUUCAACUUCUCAAGAAGGGCUACUGGGGAGAAUGAUGUACAAUUCAAAGUGUUGUAUUGUGGAAUUUGUCACUCAGAUCUUCAUAUGCUCAAGAAUGAAUGGGAUAAUUCCAAGUACCCUAUUGUGCCUGGGCACGAGAUCGUGGGCGUGGUAACCGAGGUCGGUAGCAAGGUAGAAAAAGUGAAGGUGGGGGACAAUGUAGGUGUUGGAGUACUCGUAGGAUCAUGUCGAAAAUGUGAUAGUUGUACCAAUGACCUCGAACAAUAUUGCCCUAGCCACAUUGGUACAUAUAGUACAACUUACUCUGACGGAACCACCACAUACGGAGGCUACUCCGAUCUCAUGGUGGCCAACGAGCAUUUCGUGCUCCGUUGGCCGGAGAAUUUACCGAUGGAAGCUGCCCCAUUGUUGUGUGCUGGUAUCACAACAUAUAGCCCAUUGAGAUAUUUUGGGAUUGAUAAGCCUGGAUUGAACAUUGGUGUUGUGGGCCUUGGUGGGCUGGGCCAUAUGGCUGUGAAAUUUGCAAAGGCUUUUGGGUGCAAUGUGACUGUUAUUAGUACUUCUUUUAAUAAGAAGGAUGAAGCAAUUAAACAUCUUGGUGCUAAUUCAUUCUUGAUUAGUCAUGAUCAAGAACAAAUGCAGGGUGCAACAAGCACAUUAGAUGGAAUUAUAGACACAGUUUCAGCAGAACAUCCAAUUGCUCCAUUGCUCAAUAUAUUAAAGCCUCAUGGAAAGCUUGUAAUGGUUGGUGCACCACCAAAGCCACUUGAGUUGCCAGUUUUCCCUUUGCUUAUGGGUAGGAAAAUAAUUGGAGGAAGCAUUAUUGGAGGAAUGAAAGAGACACAAGAAAUGCUUGAUUUUGCAGCAAAGCACAAAAUUACACCUGAAGUUGAAGUUGUUUCAAUGGAUUAUGUAAAUAUUGCUAUGGAACGCCUUUCGAAAUCAGAUGUCAAGUAUCGAUUUGUGCUCGAUGUUGGGAAAACAUUGAAAGUUGACUAA